UCGGUGCCCCGCCCGAGGUUCCUCUCCUGUUGUUUCUCGCAGCUUCCCCGCGACGUUGCUAGUCUACUGUAGUACGUUUACUACGAGGAACAGAGUAGUAAAAAAUUCUGGAUCUUGCAAACCAUCUCCUCCCUUCCCCCCGGGUAUCCCUAGGUCACUUCCAUCAGUCAUCAGGUGCGCCGUUUUUCUUCUCAUCUCCCCCCGUAACUGUUGAAGUUUUGGUGGUUUUCUGUCUGGCUUACGCAGUGUUGCAUCAACGGUUGUGUUGACCCUUGAUAUUUCAUCAUGGUUUCUGCUUUUACUUCUUCCUGCGGAACGUGGGGUUUAAGACAAUGAACGUGGUGGUUUGGAUUUCGCUGCAAUUGCAGCUGUAAGAUUUUCGUAGUGCUAGCGCUGUCGACGCGAAUCGUCGGCUGCUAUGAGAAGUUCAGGGAGGUUUAUCUCCUGCUUGCCGCUUAAUUUCGCGUUUGCAGGUUGUAUAUAUAUUUUUUUGCUCCUGCCAUCUCCAGCGCGCGGAGAGAUCAGAGAUACUGAGAUCAAGGAGCACUGUUGCGUUCUGAGCAACUUGAGCGUUAUCUGGAAAGAGCAUUUGAUUUUGUUGAGCAGAGGAUGCUGCUAUUUACACAUUGCUAAUUAAUCAUAUGGAAGAAUCUAUGAACCCUCCAUAAGCCCCUCUCAUUUUUCACUUUGCCCGCAACAACUCAUUGCCAUUCAUGGAAACAUAUGAGGGCUUGUUUGUAUGAGUGGGGAUUAAGUUGGAUCCCUCGGAUUGGAAGGACAUGAUGCGCGAGGUUCAGCUUGGGCCGCACACAAUUCAGACGCAUGGAGCUAGUUUGGCCCGAAAGCACACACAUGACUGGGUUGUUCUUAUUUUCCUAGCUGCAGUUGUGAUUGCCUUGCAUUAUGCUCCUCCGUUUAGCCGAUUUAUCGGGAAGGAUAUGAUGACUGAUAUUAGGUACCCAGUGAAACAGAGUACUGUACCUGCAUGGGGUGUUCCUAUAAUCUCUAUACUGUGUCCCUGGGUUAUCUUUAUAUCCAUGUACAUCGCUAGGAGGGAUGUUUACGAUCUUCAUCACGCAGCACUAGGUGUUCUUUUCGCUGUGCUGAUAACUGCGGUUUUUACUGAUGUGUUAAAGAUUGCAGUAGGGAGACCUAGGCCAGACUUCUUUUGGCGGUGCUUUCCUGAUGGAAAGCAGUUAUACCAUCAGGUGACUGGUGAUGUGAUUUGCCAUGGUGAGAAAAGCUUCUUAACAGAUGGGCGCAAGAGUUUUCCCAGUGGGCACACGUCGUGGUCUUUUGCUGGUCUUGGAUUUUUGUCACUCUACCUGUCUGGCAAAAUUAAGGUGUUUGAUCACCAAGGUCACGUGGCAAAACUUUGCAUUGUGAUCCUUCCGCUUCUUCUUGCUUCCCUUGUUGGGAUUUCUAGAAUAGAUAAUUAUCGACACCAUUGGGAGGAUGUAUUCGCUGGCGGCCUUAUUGGAUAUAUUAUGGCAAUAUUGUGUUACUUGCAUUUCUUCCCUCCUCCAUAUCAUGAUCAAGGUUGGCGGCCGUAUGCAUACAUCCACAUGCUGGAAGAACUUGAAACGACCAGUUCAAACGAUGCACAAAACCAACAAUCUACAGGUGGGCAUAACAUUGGACUAUCCGGGCAGCGUAACAGGACGCCAAGAAAUGAUUUGGAAUCUGGAAGCGUGUAACCUGCCUCCUGCGUUAGACCGAAGAAGAAGCCAUAUGUACAGUUAGCAGGACUAAACCUUCUGCGCAUGUACUUGACAUGUAUUAUGAGUGCAGGACUAGAGAUCUGAAGUUUUUCACCUAAGGUUACGAUGGUUCGUCUUGGGUGAAAUCACAAGCUCAGUAAAGCCUAACCUAGACGCUCAAGAUCUAUCUGUGGCCAAAUUAGUUGUAUGAGCUGCUAGUGGAAGCACCGAUUAGGAACUUAUUCCAGUGAUACAAAAGUAACAGAAAGUAGUGUUGAAAAUGAUAGGCACAUCGCAUCUCCGGCAGGUUGCACCGUCCAACAGUGUAGCGUUCCGACUUCCGACUGUCAGUUCUUAGACGAAGGACCAAAUACAUUUGUUUUGUCUCCCUCU